AUGCCGGGCAGACACGUCCACUUCAACGAGGAAAACAUCUUCUACUCUCCUGCUCCUUCAGAAUCGAGCACCUCGCCGACUCUCUCAGAGUCGUCACUACCAUCCUCAACUGGGCCAACUACGCCCCCUCAGCUGAGGGAGUUCAUCCCCUUGGGCCCCGUUACUAUCAACCCAAUUCUUGCCUACCACCCCUUCGUUUUCCCCAUCAACUAUGACGUCUCAUAUCCGCCCAAUACCGCCUCCGCUAACAUUCGCGCCUCACCUUUCAACCUUGAUUCCUACCGCCUCGCAGAGGCUGCCACCAGCCCACCCAUUCCCGUUCUCUCGCUCCAAAACGACCUCCUCCCAUGGCGCUGCGACAUUCGCGCGUCGACAUGCUUUUAUGUCACCGUCGGGGACGUUCUCACUCAACUCUACAGCUUCCUCCGUACUCCGGGGUCGCGUGACGAGUUCAAAGCGGCUCCCAGUCAGAGCAUCCGGGACGCCAUAUCAGCAGUAUACCGCAAACGGUGUUCGCGCGCCUCCUCGGCUGAGGCGUACGCCGAAGAGCAGCGCAAGGGCUUGAAGCGGGUAGACUUCUUAAUGGGGCGCACUACGUUCAUGGGGCUAUCCAGCACAAAAUUGGGUCCAGAAGUGUGGGUGCUAAACCUACAAUGA